AUGUCCUUCUACAAACCCGAAGAAGAGGUCUACUGCAACGACGGCCGCGAAUCCGCUCUCCUAAGCCAAAUCCACUCACACCCCACCCACUCGACCAUGCAAAACAACCCGUCCCAAAUCCUCGCCGCAAUCGACGAAUUCGGCCGCGAGAAGAACUUCCUGAUGAACGUCGGCGAAAGCAAAGGCGCCAUCGUGACCAAAGAAAUCCAAGACCGCAACCCCACCAUCAUGGUCGAACUCGGCGGUUACAUCGGAUAUUCUGCUAUUCUAUUCGGCAGCACCCUCAAGCAAAUGCAAACGCAAAGGCAAACGCAACCCCCAACAAACAACCAGCAGAAGAAGACGUACAUUAGUCUAGAGCUCAACCCCAACUUCGCUCAUGUUGCACGCACGCUGGUCCAGCUCGCCGGCCUAGACGAUAUCGUUGAGAUCAUGGUCGGGCCGUGUCGGCAAUCGCUGCGCAGGUUGAAGGAGAGAUACCCCGAUGGGGGCAUUGAUAUGUUCUUUCUGGAUCAUGCGAAGGUCGCGUAUGCGAAUGACUUGAAGCUGGCGGAGGAGUUGGGGCUUGUGCGCCCUGGGACGGUUGUGUUGGCGGACAAUGUGGUUUCGCCGGGGAAUCCGGAGUUUUUGGAGUAUGUGUGGUUGGGGGUGGAGAGGAAGGUUGAGAAUGUUAGGAAGAGGGUGGGAGAUGAGGGUGAAUGGGAUGGGGAGGGGGAUGAUUCGGUUGGGAAUCCGUACUUGGUCUACGAUACGCGGACGGUGAGGGGGUUGGAGGUUACGGGGGUUGAAGAUGCUGUUGAGGUUUCGUAUUGCGUUGAGUUGGUUCGUUCGUAG